UCCUCCCUCGCUCAGCUUCCUUUCAGUUCAGUUGAGUUGAACAGCAGACCGCAGGGUAACUUUGCAGUCCGCGUUGGAAGAGAACGAGAGCAGGUUAGUUCUCCGGUUAUCUUGUGAAGAUAUUCUCCAGCAAAACCAUUAGCCUGGUUUGAUCACAUCGUACUGCGGUAAUUCUGUAGUGCGUGCUCAAAACUUAAAAGAUGGCCCCAAAUGCAGCGGUUCCGUUACCGAAACCCGCCCAGGAAGAACCGGUUGGAAUUAAUGCCAUUCUGCUAGGACCACCCGGCUCAGGAAAGGGCACACAGGCGCCGCUACUGAAGGAGAAAUUUUGUGUGUGUCACCUUUCAACCGGAGAUAUGCUGCGGUCGGAAGUUGCCGCCGGUUCUAAGCUCGGUGCCAAACUGAAGAAAAUCAUGGAUGAGGGCAAGCUGGUAUCGGACGACUUAGUUGUCGAUAUGAUUGACUCUAAUUUGGACAAGCCCGAAUGUCGCAACGGUUUUAUGCUGGAUGGAUUUCCACGAACUGUCGUGCAGGCUGAAAAACUCGAUGAACUGCUGGAGAAGCGAAAAACCAGUCUUGAUGCCGUGGUAGAGUUUGGCAUUGAUGACAGUCUGUUGGUUCGUCGGAUUACCGGUCGGCUGAUUCAUCAAGCCAGUGGUCGAUCCUACCAUGAGGAGUUCCAUCCUCCCAAAGUACCGAUGACCGAUGAUGUGACCGGAGAACCGCUGAUGCGUCGAAGUGACGACAACGCGACUGCAUUAGUGAAACGCCUGGAAGCUUAUCACAAACAGACGCAACCACUUGCCAACUACUAUGCUCUACGGGGACUGCAUUUCAAGGUAGACGCUUCGAAAAGCGCUUCCGAGGUGUUUGCCAAUAUUGAUAGUAUCUUUACACAGUCACGAAAGGCAAGGUUAGGCCUGUGAAGAUACAUCGUUUGCAUUUAACGAUAAGCAAAAAUGCACAUUUUUCCCCGCCACCUACGAUAUGACCUGGAUCAUUGAACGUUAAAAUAUCCGGAACAACCGUCAAGCUACCUUAUCGAACCGGCCAGUGGCUGGUUGCCAGUUUUAAAAUAGCAAACUAUUAUUCCUAUUCUGUCAAAGACCUACUUCGACCCUCGGUCGACACAAGUAUUCCAUCUAUUGUGUUUGCGGUUAUCGUCCGCCACCUUAAUCAAACGAGGUGACCACGGCACGACAACAUUAAGUUCAUAUUAGAAAAUCGAAGAAAAAAAGUCGAUAUGUGACGAACUAUGUGAACGACACGUAUGUAAUAUCGUAAAAAAUGUAUAGGUGAAAAGUGAAACGUCUAGAUAUUAAAUAAAUAUCCGAUUCUAUUGCGGAAAAUAAAAACUAAA